AUAGACAUGUCACUCUACGGUGUUGGCCUUGAUAUUAAUGUUGCCCGGAUUAAUAAUGAAUUCAAAAUGGCACUGAAAUCAAAAGGAGGAAUCGGAAUUAAAAGCUUAGGAGUUUUAUUUAGAAGAUUCGAUGACAACGGAAACAGGAAGCUUGAUAUUUCUGAAUUUGAAGAAGCCCUUGCUGAAUGUGGAUUAUUCCCAAAAUAUACUGACCUCCAAGCCCUCAUGAAGUUCUACGAUAUUGACGGUGAUGGAAAUAUUGGAUAUGAAGAAUUCCUCAGAGGUCUCAGAGACGAACUCUCUGAAAGAAGGCAGAAAAUAGUCGAUAAAGCAUUUGCUCUCAUGGACCAAGAUGGCUCUGGCCAAAUCACAGUUGAAGAUGUCAAACACCUGUAUGACCCAAGCUUCCAUAAAGACUUUAAAGAAGGCACCAAGACUAAGGAAGAAGUUAUCGAAGAAUUUCUUGAUUCCUUCGAUGGAGCUAGAGGAAACAAUGAUGGAGUCAUUUCCAGACAAGAAUGGAACGAUUACUACACUGAUCUCUCCACCAGCCUUCCCACUGACGAGUAUUUCGUAAAAAUGAUGGAAAGCGUCUGGGGUAUCAUGGAAGACGAGGAUUCAGAAGCCAAUCAAGACUAUGUUAGAGAAAUCGUUAAAUUAAUAAGAGAAAGACUUCUUUCAAUGUCAAACGACUCUUCAGACGAGUAUGUCCUCAGAAAGAUCUUUGAUUACUUUGAUACUAACAAAUCAGGAAAUAUCACUAUUGAUGAGCUUGCUGGCAUGACUGCCAAGCUUAAAAUUUCAGUAGAGAGAAGAUACUUGUACGGAAUAAUGAAAAGAAUCGAUCAAGACAACAAUGGUGCCAUUGAGUUUAACGAAUUCCUGAACUUCAUUAUCAUGGACCCAUACAAGUAAUUCAAACAAUGAAAAAUUUA